GUUGGCCCAGAUGGUGGCUAUUAUAAUUAUGGACCCCCUGGCCCUAUUGGUCCCCCAGGUCCAAGAGGCCCAUCUGGGGCAAAGGGAGAUCCAGGCUUUGCUGGUCGUGAUGGUAUCCCUGGUUCCAAUGGUCUGCCCGGCCCCCCUGGUCAUGUGUUUGUCAUUCCACUCACCUCUGAUACAAGCAAGGGACCUAGCAACCAAGCAGCACAGAUAAGGCAGAUGCUUAGUCAGCACAUGUUAGCAAUGAGGGGUGCUACAGGCCCUCAGGGUAUGACAGGUCUCCCAGGACACCCUGGUCGGGUUGGUGGUAUUGGAGACAAGGGAGAUAUGGGAGACCCAGGAGAUAGUGGGCCUAUCGGACCGAGAGGUAUUCCUGGAUCACCAGGUACACCUGGAGGGCGGGGUCGACCUGGUCUAGAUGGUGAAAGAGGAGAACCAGGAACCGGAGGGCAGAAAGGUGACCAAGGCUUCCCUGGUGUUAUAGGCAUGCCUGGAAAUAAGGGUAAUAGGGGACCAAGAGGAAGUUCAGGAGCCCCUGGUUACCCUGGUAUUGAUGGUGAACCAGGAGAACAUGGACCCAGGGGACCCCCAGGACCUGUAGGAGAUGUGGGACCCAGAGGAUUUUUGGGACCACGGGGUGGUACUGGACCAGCUGGUCCCCCGGGACAACCUGGACAUGAUGGGCCACAGGGCAGCAAAGGAAACCAGGGAUCUCAAGGAGCUCCAGGUGCACCAGGAGCUACAGGACCAGAUGGACCUGUUGGUCCUCCAGGUCAAGUUGGUCCACUGGGACCUAUAGGUCUCCCCGGUCCUAAUGGCAAGCCUGGCAUACCUGGACUACCUGGAGCUGAUGGACUACCUGGCACCCAAGGAAUCAAGGGAGAUCCAGGAGAGAAUGGAGAAAAGGGUGUCCCAGGUCAGAAUGGGCCAGUUGGCUACCCAGGGCCCAGAGGUAUCAAGGGAGACAGAGGAAGACGAGGAUUACAGGGACUGCAUGGUGAAAAGGGAGAGCCCGGCUUGGAUGGCCAGAAGGGAGUUGUUGGCCCUAAGGGAGACAAAGGAACAUUGGGACCUUUGGGUCAUAGAGGUCCCGAGGGAAUUUCAGGACCAAAGGGUGACUCUGGACCAAGAGGUGAAAAUGGACCACCAGGACCUAUGGGAGAGAAGGGUCGUCUUGGAAUUCCAGGAUUCCCAGGUUACGCAGGUCCAAUGGGAGAAAAGGGUCAGCGUGGUCCACCUGGUAGGAGAGGUCGUGCUGGUAGGAAAGGAGACUCUGGUAUUCCAGGCGCUGUAGGAGAACCAGGUGAUCUUGGACCGAAGGGCAACCGAGGAGAAAGGGGUAAGCCAGGUAUGGGAGGUCCACCAGGACUCAAGGGAGAAGCAGGCCCUAAUGGACCCCCAGGGGCACAAGGAGAUCAGGGACAGCAAGGGCCCCAGGGUCCCCCAGGAUUUUCUGGACCUCCUGGAGUCCCAGGUAUCCCAGGUAAAGAUGGCAUCCCAGGUUUUGCGGGUGAGAGAGGUGCUCAAGGACCACCAGGCAUGCCAGGUCAACCAGGACCAGUUGGACCAAUUGGAGCUGUGGGUCCCCCAGGAGAGCAAGGUGCAGAGGGAGAGAGAGGCGGCACUGGUAUCCCAGGUCCCCCUGGAGACAAUGGACCACCAGGACCAUCAGGCAAGGAUGGACCACCAGGACCAGCUGGCAACUCAGGACCACCAGGUAUUCCAGGACCUGAAGGACCAAGAGGAUUCAAUGGUGACAGGGGAUUACCAGGACCACCAGGCAUACCAGGAGAACCUGGACCUGUUGGACCAAUGGGACCACCAGGCUCCAGAGGCUAUAAAGGAUCUCAGGGUGACUCUGGAAUACAAGGCCCCCAGGGACCAAUGGGUCGACCAGGGCAAACUGGACCUGCUGGAUCACAGGGCCCUAAGGGUAACAUGGGAAUAGAUGGCGUGCCAGGAGUAGCUGGUAAAGAUGGACUUCCAGGGCCAAGGGGACCAAGGGGGAUACGGGGUCACAGUGGCCCCCCAGGUAGACCAGGUGAUACGGGAGAUAGAGGACCUCCAGGUUCCAAGGGGUCUAAAGGCAAUGAUGGAGAACAGGGACCCCCAGGCUCUGCAGGACCAAGAGGUGCUCCUGGAGGCCCUGGUGCUCAUGGACCCCCAGGAGAACAAGGCUUACAGGGUGUUAGAGGACCUCCUGGUAUGAAGGGUGCUCAAGGCCCACUGGGUCCCUCAGGCCCUAUAGGUCUCCCAGGACUACAAGGCUUGCCAGGUAUUGAGGGCCACAAAGGAGAGAAAGGAGAUCAUGGCAAGCUUGGUAACCCUGGACCUGCUGGUCCUACUGGUAUACCAGGACCUCCUGGGGAACAGGGAGGAAGUGGAUCACCAGGACCCCCGGGACCAGAGGGUAGACAGGGUAUGAAAGGAGAGAGAGGUCUAGAUGGACAACCCGGAACAGCUGGAGUAGAUGGACCCCCUGGUAUCCCAGGAGGCCCAGGGCCAAAAGGUGAUGAGGGAAAGAUGGGACCUCAAGGUAUCCCAGGCCCAAGAGGACCCAGAGGUCAGGAUGGAGCUGCGGGUCACAAGGGUCCAGUAGGAUUCCCAGGAGCUCCAGGGCCACCUGGUCCAGCAGGGCCCAAGGGAGUCAUGGGAGUGAUGGGCAAAGAUGGAGAAUCAGGUCCACCUGGGCCACAGGGUGCCACUGGACCAGCAGGAGAACCAGGACAAGCUGGUGUCAGAGGAAAAGCAGGUAGAGAUGGAAACCCCGGACAACCAGGACCAACAGGGGAAUCCGGACAAAAGGGAGACAGGGGACCGAGAGGACCACAGGGAUUAAGAGGCCCCACUGGACCCCCUGGCCCCACUGGACCUUCUGGCCCCAGAGGACCUAAUGGAAACCCAGGAGCAUCAGGAGAAGUUGGUUCACCAGGCUCCCCAGGAGCAAGAGGAAAACAGGGACCUCCAGGUAGGAGAGGAAUUCCAGGACCCAAGGGAGGUCGAGGAAUCAAGGGAUUAAAGGGACAUCAGGGAGAUAUAGGGUUAAUGGGACUUGCUGGAGAGCCAGGGGUCAAAGGUGAACCAGGCCCCACUGGAAGGGAAGGUAAAAAGGGAGAGAAGGGAGACCGUGGAAUAGAUGGACCUACUGGGCCACCUGGAGAUAUUGGAAGUGGUGGUGUGUCUGGUCCAGAAGGUCUGAGAGGACCAAAGGGUGAGCCGGGUAGGGAUGGACCCCCAGGAUCACCAGGAAAUCCUGGAAAUUCUGGUCCCCCGGGUCCUCCAGCCGAGAAUUUCAACCUCCCUGCAGGUUUCUUAGAAAGUUUGAGAGUGCGACGUCGCAGGAGCAUCCGUUCCAAGAGAGCUGCAAAACGUAACAGGAAACGAGGCCCAACACCAGAUCUGGUAUAUGCUCAAUCCAAACAAGGGCCUGUAGGAGCGAUCACAGAAGAACAUGAUGAAGAGGACCUGAACCUGGAAGAUGAGGAUGGCAUUCUCCCUGGAAGCAAGGGUGAUACUGCUAAUGCUACAACUGUGCAGUUUGUAAUCAAGAAAGUCUUUGAGAGGAUUGAAGCACUGGAGGAGGAUGUGCACCAAAUAAAGUAUCCUCCAGGAACCAGAGAGAUGCCAGCCAGAACUUGCAAAGACAUCUAUCUUGCCUAUCCAAAAUACAAAGAUGGCUGGUAUUGGAUUGACCCUAAUCUUGGAGCCCCAAAUGAUGCUAUACAGGUGUGGUGCAACCUCACAUCUCAGGGAGAGACCUGUAUUUAUCCCAACUACAAAUCUAGAAUGAUGGUACCCAGAUACUGGCCUAAAGAUGAGUCCAAGGCUAACAAAUGGUUUAGUGAUUUCUAUGGAGGAUUUAAGGUGGAAUACACCACAGCAAUCCAGAUGGCAUUCAUCCGUAUGAUGAGUAACGGGGCUCACCAGAAGUUCACCUAUUUCUGCACCAACUCAGUCGCCUACCAUGACUCAAGUAGCAAAUCCAACAAACAUAGUAUCAUCAUUAUGGGAGAAAAUGAUUUUGAAUUUAAAAAGUUUAAAAACAGAGAUGUGGUGUUUGAUGGAUGCCAGAGUCGCAAGUCCAACAGCUACACAACAUUCGAGCUCUCUACAAAGAAGCUUACCAGGCUACCUGUGGUGGACUUUAUGCCAAAAGACUAUGGCCAGCCAUGGCAGCAGUUUGGCUUUGAACUGGGGCCAGUCUGCUUCUCAAGCAAAUAAAACAUCAAAGCCCCCUUUAGGUGAUACCUAGAGAACAGGCGGGUUAUGUGUAUAUAUGACUCAUUGUGUCUGAUCAUCACAGCAAAAAAUCAGUCGCUCAGAUAGACAGUACUUAGAGAUUUUACCUCUCGUGGACCAUAUCAUUGUUUAAAUAUAGUUUUCUCCAUACAUCCAUGCAUUUAAGAAACAAUUCCACAUUGAUAUGCAUUUAAGACACUAUUGGUGCCCUACAUUGUGUUAUGGCGAAUAGGGUACGUGGAGCGUGGAGCAGUUAGUUGAUCAAACGCAUUGAGUCGCCCUUAUUUGGGCAAAUACAGGGGGAGAUAUCAUUGGAAUGAAUAUCAAAAAGAUUUAAUUUUUUUUACAUUGGGUUCAAUGGCUUUUGAUGCCUGCGUUUGUUCCUUUAGAUGUCUCCCUAUUCUAAUGGUGCUAUUUUCUAUGUAUGUGCUAUAAUAUAUUAUAUCUGCUAUAUAUAUAUAGUACUUCUGUGAUACAAUGUCAUGUCCGUAUAUUUUGGAUAUAUGUUUAUAUAAUACACUGCCAUUUAUGUGUAGCUAUAAUAUAUAAACUAAACAUGAGUAAACCAGGUCUGCUACACAGAGGUACAGACAAGCACUAAUAUGAAGUAUUAUUUUUAAAGGAAAGAUAUGUCCAAAUAUUUAUUCUGAUAUGGACCAUUUAUUGAUUUUUUUUCAUUUAAAGAUAGUAUAUCACUUCUUAAAAUUUUAUUUUGUAAAAUAUUGACUUCUUAAUGUUUGAGCCAUUUUGAAUGCAUCACCCCUUUAAAUUUCAUUUCAUAAAAAUCUGACUUUAGUUGGAAUACCGCUUUAAUAAAUUUCAAUGAUAGAUAGAAAUAUAUAUUUAGUUCUGAAACCUAUGGUACAGACCUGGUUAUAUUUAAGAAACCACUAUGCAUUUAUGACUUAUGUAGAACUGAAACUUUAUCUUAUAUGAAUUAGAUGACUACUAUGCAAUGUACAGAGGUAUGUUGGCAAUAGAAUAGAAUAUAUUGCAAAAAGCUAAGCAAAGAUAUGAAUAGAUAAUGAUGUUUUAUAUAAAAAACAUGGAUAGUGAUAUGAUAUCAAUUUAGACCUUGAAAGAUACAGAUGUGAAUCAGUAAAGUAAAAUGUGUGGCAUACAUGAACCUUACAAAGAUGUGUACUAGUAUUAGAUCCAGAGUUUGUAAAAAAUCAUAUUUCAAUAGAAAUAGUGCCAUUUUAUCAUCAUAGCACAGCAUACUUAUUUUUACUAUAAAACUUCAUUUUGCAAUCCCAAAAUAAUGAAACAGAUAAUGGUGUGCCACUAAAUUUUUCCUGAUAUUCACCAAAAGCCUUUUACUGUUAUACUGAGUUUCAAAAACACGUUUCCAGAUUUUUGAUUUAGCCUAGUGUCUAUCUUCUAGGUUGAAAAUAUAUAGGCUAACCUUAUUCGUGCCAUUUUGAGGAUCAUCAGUCAGUCCAUGGGUGAAUAUAAAGUCAAACUAAUAUACACGUAUGUACUCCCAUACCACGAUUAUGAUGUAAACAAUAUAUGAAAAAUAAAUAUUUGAACAUAGUUGCUUAUUAAUAACUGCUUCAUAAAAUGUUCAUGGUGACUCUUUGUGAUACAAAAAUGCGGAGUAUAAAUACUUGUUUGUACAUGCUUUAGUCGGAUGGUAU